AUGUUUUCCAUGAAUGUCUCGAGAGAUUUUACUGAUUGCUCUGAGUUUGGAAAUAGGUCCUGUUCUGACAGCUCUAACUUCUGACCAGGAGUACGAGGGGUGUUGUAUUUCUCCAUAACUGCAGUCUUCCUUCUCACUGUCUCAGGGAAUAUGGCCAUAAUUUUUUCCAUCUUGUAUUUCAAACAGCUUCAUUCCCCGACCAGUUUUCUCAUCUUAUCCAUGGCCACCACAGAUUUCCUGUUGGGCUUUGCCAUUAUGCCCAACAGCAUGGUGAGGUCUGUGGAGAACCGCUGGUAUUUUGGAAUGAUGUUCUGCAAAAUUCAUUACAGUUUUGACCUGAUGCUCUGCUUAGUUUCCAUUUUCCAUCUUUGUUCCAUUGCAGUAGAUCGUUUUUAUGCAAUCUGCCACCCUCUGCACUACGCCAGCACAAUGACCAUGGCUGCCACAAAACAAAUAGUAGCAGUGUGUUGCUCAGUGCCAGCUGCUUUUUCUUUUGGUGUUGUUUUCUCUUAUGCUUCUGGAAUUGAGGGCUAUGAAAGUUUGGUCAAAUGCUCAAGCUUGUGUCCUAUUGUGUUCAACAAAGUGUGGGGGACUGUUUUAUUUACAGUUGGUCUAUUUGCUCCUGCUUGUAUUAUGUUAGGGAUCUACAUUAAAAUUUUUGUAGUCUCCCAAAAGCACGUAUGUGUGUUGAGCCAGACACACAAGCACAGAAAAAGUGAUAUGAAAAAAGAACUUUCUAAGAGCAAAGAUAGGAAAGCUGCCAAGACUUUGAGUGUAGUUAUGUUGGUUUUCUUAGUAUGCUGGUUUCCUUGCUUUUUUGCAAUUCUACUUGAUCCAUUUUUAAAUUUCUCUAUUCCUUCACCUUUGUUUGAUGUUUUAAACUGGUUUGGUUACUUAAAUUCUAUUUGCAAUCCAUUAAUAUAUGGCUUUUUCUAUCCCUGGUUUCGGAAAGCAUUUAAAUAUAUUGUAACAGGCAAAACAUUCAACGCCCAAUUUCGUACAACAAAAUUUUUAUCGGAACAUUAG